AGAGGAGGAUUUCUCUGACCAGCAGCUCUGUGGACAGGAGAGGAAAUCCAGUUUGGAUCAAGAGGAGCCAGAACAUCCGCAGAUAAAAGAAGAGCAUCAAAAGCCAGAACAUCCCUGGAUAAAAGAGGAAACCAUGGAGCUCCCCAUAAGUGAGCAGAAAGAACAGCUUGUUCUGAAGCAUAAUGUUAAAGAUACAAGAGAGAAACCUUUCCCAUGUUUGAUAUGUGGAGAAAACUUUCUUAAAAAAGGGCAUUUAAUGGUUCACAUGAGAACUCACACAGGUCAGAAGUUUUAUUGUCUGUCCUGUGGAAAAUCUUUCACAAAUAAAUCUAGUCUGGAUACACAUAUGAGAAUUCACACAGGUGAGAAGCUUUUUUCCUGUACCAUUUGUAACAAGAAUUUUACUGAAAAAGGUAGUUUGACUAAACACAUAAUUCACACAGGUGAGAAACCUUUUGAAUGUCUGUCCUGUGGAAAAAGCUUCACUUACAAAUCUCAUCUUGAUAGACACAUCAUAGUUCACACUGGUGAGAAGCCUUUUUCCUGUACCAUUUGUAACAAUAAAUUUAAUCAAAAGGGUAAUUUGACUUCUAACAUGAGAAUUCACACAGGUGAGAAGCCUUUUAAAUGUCUGCCCUGUGGGAAAAAUUUCACUAAUAAAUCUCAUCUUGAUACACACAUCAGAAUUCACACUGGUGAGAAGCCUUUUGAAUGUCUAUCCUUUGGAAUAAGCUUCAGUAAGAAAUCUCAUCUUGAUAGACAGAUCAGAACUCACACUGGUGAGAAUCCUUUUUCCUGUACCAUUUGUAACAAGAAUUUUACUAAAAAGGGUAGUUUGACUAAACACAGGAGAAUUCACACAGGUGAGAAGCCUUUUUCCUGUACCAUUUGUAACAAUAAAUUUAAUCAAAAGGGUAAUUUGACUUCUCACAUCAGAAUUCACACUGGUGAGAAGCCUUUUGAAUGUCUAUCCUGUGGAAAAAGCUUCACUGACAAAUCACAUCUUGAUAAACACAUGAGAAUUCACACAGGUGAGAAGCCUUUUGAAUGUCUGUCCUGUGGAAAAAGCUUCUCUAACAAAUUUAAUCUUGAUAAACACAUCAGAAUU